UCAACUGUGCGGCAGUGUGCGCGUGUCCUGGUAACGCUCCGUUCUGCGCUGCCGGAGGCCUGCGACAACUACCGGACACCGCAGCGAUAAGACAAUGAACACGGAUCGUUUCACCCUCACUACAGACGAGUAUUUAGCGGAAACCGACGUGUUUUUCUACCUGCACGACGCCGUCACGCAACUGCUCGAGCACAGGGACGAGUACGUCCGCUUCGGAGUCGUCCGCUACUUUGCAGAAUACUUCGCCAGCGUGAAGGACAGGACCCACGUGCUGUUCAGAGAGUUCGGCUACGUUAAAGCGACGCCGCGCAACAGAGCAGCGUUCAUCCGGAUCUUCUGGAGAUGCUUCCGACAGAUCGGGAAGAGCGGAGAUCUGCUGACGGUGCUGGAAUACAGCUCUCUCCUCCAGCUCCUCUGUCCGGACUUCCCGGCGGAACUGGUGCAGAAUGCAGCCAGGAUUGUUCUGAUGGAGGAUGCGAUGGACUGUCCAAUUUCCUUCUCAGAUUUUAUUUAUUCUUUUCAAAUCCAGUUCUACUAUGAAGAAUUCCUGGAGAGUGUGUUAGUAAUUUACGAUGACCUCCUUGAGGGGAAGAACCCCAACACGGUCAUCGUGCCAACCUCCACAUUAGCUGAGCCGUCAUCUGGAACAGCCAAUGAGGAGACGGACACGCAGGACGGAGUGGAUUCAUUCCAGGAUGGCGUGGACCUCUCUCAGGACGGCGUGGACCUCUCUCAGGACGGCGUGGACCUCUCUCAGGACGGCGUGGACUUCUUACAGGAGAGCGUUAACACCUCACAGGAAGGGGUCGACUCCUCCAUCUUCCUCGCGCGCAUUGGGGGACUCUGUGAGCGCUUCAAACACAAACAUCCGUCCGUCUCUGCCGUCGGGGAGAUCUUGGAGGUCAGGAUGCGAGUGUCGUACUACAGCUUCCUCAUGGCUUUGGCCAAGCAUGAAGGCGUGAACCACCACAUCGGUGCACUUCCGAACAGAUCGGAUCUUCUCAUUGACCCCGAGAUGGAUCAGGAGUUGGAGCGGCUCGUUGCCCAGGUGACCAUCAGCCCCACGUCCAACAGCAGCGGUAGUGCUGCCGGCCACAAGGACGCGCCCAAGAAGGCCUCGCCGCGCAAGCCCCUGCGCCAGCGGCACAGGAUGGACCUGGAGAGCGACGGCUCCACCGAGGAGACUGACUCCUCCGAGAAUUAGGCGCACGCGCAGGUGGGCCACAGCCAUGGUCGCAAAAUACGGUUGCCACGACCUCCUCUUCGCUUCCGUACGGGCCAGCACCUUCAGUUUAACGCUAACGGCGUCGUGCAUAGCAGCAAUGCCGGCCUUGUCGCACGGAGGACCUGCGCCAUCGUCUGAUAUUUACUCAUAAACCUUUCUUAGCUUUCCAGACUGUGAAGCGAACGUUUGAGACGGACGUUCCUGUAUGAGUGGACACACCUGUGAUUGGUGUAACAAAGGUCAGUGUUUGGGUGCUGCUGUUGGGUGCUGUUUAGGACUGUUUUUUGCACAUUUUGUUUGAACACAAAUACAGCCACAGUAAACAACCUUUUGUUUGC